AAAACACAUGAAAUCGAUGGUUGAUUAGUCUGUUGCAAAACCAUGAAACUCAACGCGAUCUUGCUGAUGAAUUUCACUACUGAUUGAGGGGCCAUUUAAUCAGCAAUGUCAGCUUCAAACUAUACAACAAUGGCGCUCUCACUAGACACCAUCUUCCCAAACAAGAACCCGGCCUUGUUCCCGACCCAUUUCUCGAGAUCCCCCAAUAGAUUCCCUCUCCCUUUUCCCGACUCAAAAACUCAAUCGCCAGGCUGUAGAAGAUUCUUCCCGACCCAACCUUCCCGCCUCCCCGUCGCGAAAAUCCAUGCCUUUUAUGGAGAAUCUUCGCCGCAGGUCGCCGGAGACGGCGGCGGAAAUCUCGAUGCUUUCCUCUCUGCCCUCGAGUUCCUCAGCCUCGCUUCCUCGGCCGCGGUCUCCGUCUACUUCGCCGUGAGAUGGGUGGUACAGAAGGGCGCGGGAGACUUAGGGUUUCUGGGUGGAAGGGUUGCGAUGUGGCAGUGUGUGGUGCUAGUGACCGGCUUGGCGGCCGGGGCGGCGAUACGGCGGCGGCAGUGGAGAAGGGUCUGCGGUGGUGUGGGGUCCUCGAGGAGCUCGUCUACGUAUGGGGAUUCUAAUCUGUUGGAGAGGGUCGAGAGGUUGGAGGAGGACUUGCGGGGCUCGGCCACCAUCGUUCAGGCUCUGGCCAGGCGGCUCGAGAAGCUGGGGAUUCGGUUCAGGGUCACCCGGAAGGCACUCAAGGAACCGAUUGCUGAGACUGCAGCAUUGGUCCAGAAGAACUCGGAGGCCACUCGUGUGUUAGCAGCACAAGAAGACAUUCUUGAGAAGGAGCUUGGUGAAAUUCAAAAGGUUCUUCUGGCUAUGCAGGAGCAACAACAAAAACAGCUCGAGCUCAUUCUCGCAAUCGGGAAAGCUGGGAAGCUGUGGGAGACUGAUCGUGUAAAAAGUCAACAUCAGAAAGCAUCUGAGUCAACUAAUUCAUCACCAGUGGACAGUGUAGCCAAUCUGGAAAUAGAUCAAAUUGAAAGUCGUGCAUUACAGGAAGAAACCAGCAAUGACAGGCCCUAAAUUGUUAUUAAAAAAAAACUUUUUUACCAAAUCAAGUGAGGCUGAUGAGACCUUUGAUGGCUUAUUUGUUUGUCCACGGUAAAUGAACUCUUUGUUCCAUCUUAUUGAGUGACAGUGUUCUUGCCUCUUGAAGAAAGAGAACAAAUUUAGAGUGAAGCAAGAAUGCAUUGUUUCCUUUUUUUUCAAUUUUUUCCUGGUGUUUGAAAGAUCGGUUAUUGUAUUGUUAGGUGAAAAAAAAAAGAGAGAGAAAACAAUGAUUUGGCUGUGUUGUGGUUGGUUUGGACUUUGAACAAUUUUGUAUUUUUCCUUUUGUGGGUUUUUUUAAAGGAGAGUAUGGAGAGAUGAAAGCAGAAUUAAGGAAGAAAGAAGGGAAUGGAAAAGGAUAUCGGAGAUUAGCUAAACAUGUUUUGUAUCCU